CAGGGUUCUCUCACUCAUGUCCCGUACGCCGUCUCCACCACCACUUCGUCGUCCCCAUCGAGCUCAUCAACACUCCUCACGCUCCAUCCGAUACAAUGCCCCGGGUCGCCAGAGACGGUCGAGCUCAUCAGACGAAGACGCAGACUCCGCUGUCGACCCCAGCCUCUCGUCGUCAAUCCUCCGAACCCCACCCGCAGUCACAUACACCAGCGCAAACCUCGCCGGUCCCAGUCAAACGAAAGCGAAGGCGCUGAGGCGGGACGCGAGUGGGUCGGUCGAUUGCUGGCGCGUCUUGACGAAAGUAUUCGGGCACACGUCGUACAAGGGCAAACAACAAGUUGUCGUCGAGGCCGCCGCGUGUGGCGCAGACGUCUUUGUCCUUGCGCCCACGGGCAUGGGCAAAAGCCUGUGUUUCCAGGUCCCUGCCAUCGCUGAGACGCAUGGCAUCACGCUAGUCGUCUCGCCGCUGCUGGCGUUGAUGAAGAACCAGGUCGCUGGUCUGCGCGAGAAAGACGUUACCGUGGCUGCACUCACGUCUGAAACCCCUGCGGAGGAGCGAAAAGAGGUGUCGUAUAUCCUGGUCAUCCAUGGUGCAUCGCAGCUGAUGCAAUGCUUCAGAUCGUGGACGACCUCUUGUCCGGGAAUCCGCGAAAUCGACUGCUAUACAGCGAUCACGCCUGAGAAACUGAGCACGUCAGAGUUCAUAGGGAUCAUGGAUGACCUGUACGACAGCAAGCAGCUGAAGCGGUUGGUUGUCGACGAGGCGCAUUGCAUCUCGGAAUGGGGACACGACUUCCGCGCAGAUUAUCGGCGAGUCGGAAACUUUAGGAAACGUUACGAGGACAUUCCGAUCAUGGCGCUGACUGCCACCGCGACGGCCGACGUGCAGGAAGACAUCAUUCGAAGUCUCGGCAUGUCCGAAGAGCACCUCGUCAAAGUCGUGCACCCAUUCAACAGGGCCAAUCUAUUCUACGAAGUUCGAUACACCUCUGCGCCCCAUGGUCCAUCGCAAAUGUCCGACAUCCACGACUGCAUUUCCACGCUGUACCAACGACGUGGACAGGUCUCAAGCGGUAUCGUGUACUGUCGAACGCGGGCGGGGUGCGACGAGGUCUCUGGUUUUCUCAGAGGCAGGGGGAUCCAAGCCAGACCUUAUCACCGGGGCAUCAAGUUUGUUCUUUUGCUCUCCGUUGCUUCUCGCUCUCAGAUCACCUGCAGCUCCUCGACGCUUGAUAAGACGCUUUCCCAGUGGACACAGGGAGGCGUCGAAGUGGUCUGCGCCACCAUCGCAUUCGGGCUCGGUAUCGACAAGGGCGACGUGCGGUACAUCAUACACUACGAUCUACCAAAGAGUCUGGAAGGGUUCUACCAGGAGACGGGGAGAGCCGGCCGAGAUGGUAGCCCUGCAAAGUGCAUAUUGUAUUAUUGUGAGCUCUUUGAUGUCCCGGAGACGCGUUUGACGGUGACUGCAGCCAGGGAGGAUGUGGUCAAGGUGAAGCGUUGGGUGAAGAACGGCAACGCGAAUACCAAGUCGAGGGAGGCCCAUGAACGAGCCGUGAAGAGUUUGGCUUCGCUGAUCCAAUUUGCGGAGAGCACGACCGUCUGUCGACAUAUCGCAUUGUGCCGGUACUUUGGUGAGACGAUCGAAGCCGCAGAGGUAGGCAAAUAUUGUAACCGGAUGUGUGACAUCUGUCGGUAUCCAGACAAGACCCGGCAGCGGCAUAGCUCGCUGUCGAGUGAAGAGUAUGCCGCUAGCCAGGUCCCUGCUAAUGUCCGCUUCGAUGGCCACGAAGAUGAGCCUGCGAAGUGCCAAGAGAUAGCGUACCCGAAACAAGAUCCAGUGUGGAGCCGGCCUUUGGGGGGCAGGAAGCGCGCUUUCAGGGAUUCGGGCCCGGUUUCGAAGAAGGCUAGGAUAGACACGUCUUUGCCGAAAGUCCUCAUUACAAAGCCGCACAAAAGUGCUGGAGCGCUGAAUAAACCGUACAAGCCACCGUUCGCGCGGUCGAAGGAGAGCCAGAAAGAGAACCCGAGUCAUGCGGAAACUCACGAAGACGGCGAGAAGACUGGCUCGGGAGAUGAGGCUUCGUCGGUUCACUGGGAGCAGGCGGCCGCGCCAGAACAGCAAUCCAACCGGGACGAAGCUUUUGCGGGCGGGAACUCGCGGGGAUGCGCUCCAGCCUGUGAUGGGGAGCUUCCAGAAUCGCUGAUCGACGUGGACGAAACCGUCUCAACCAAGGUUCCGGUUGCAGCGCGUCGUGAGGCACUGCAAAGUCUGCGCCGGGCGUUGUAUUCGAUCCCAGAUGGCCGGUGGCCAUCUAUUCUCGAAGCUGCUGUUGCUGUUGCUGGACAUCAAGUCUUGGAUAGCACUGCACAGACGUUGGAGAUGUCUGCACUAGGGAUGUGCAGCACUCAAGAUGGGUACAGGAGACUGGUCGACCGCAGUGUGGCUGGUAUUACAGCUCUCCGCUCGGAGGAUGUCCUGGACGAUGAGGAUGCAGAGCUUGUUCUGGAAUGUCUGAGAGAUGUGUUUGCCGACUCGGCUUAGUUGUGACCGGGUUUGAACCAUGUUUUCUCGGUAGAUCUGGACUGAUCGAGGCCGACAUCGGAAAUCAGAGAUGAUAUGCGCCACGUGACCGUGUUUCAUGCCCGGAAGCCCGCGUCGCCUGGCAGUAGAGGCUGAGAGAUGUGGGAAUCGCCGAUUGAUAGGACAGGAAUGUUUUUGUACUGCCGUCUAUCUUUAGGCAGCGGGAUGACCAACCUGGAAGGCCCCGCUGACGGAGCCUGGAUCGAUUCCCGGUCACACGGGUUCAUAAGCAUCGGAUAUGACCAAACUCGAGCUUGGCUCCAGCAAGAGUUCGUCGGGCGAAUCGCUGACUCCCUGGCCCAUGAGGUAUAUCUUUUGAAAUCUCCAUCGGCGACGGAUUUGUCCCCCCAUGUUUACUUCUUUUGCUGUCCUUGGUGCAGGGCUCUUAGGUGUUCCUAUCGUCAACGAGCUCCACGCUCGAGGCGUAUCAGUGCUCGUGAUCGCGCCUCCGGGCAAGUGCACCCCGGAGAGCAAACGCCGAAUCCGCGAGGGGAUCCCAAUUGAGGAGGCAGACUACAACGAUGUAGCGGCUGUCGCGCAGCUGCUGCGGGCACGAGCCGUACAGGUCGUGGUCUCUACUGUGUCGGCGGCGGAUGUAGCGCUGCAGAACAGGCUGGCGUCGGCAGCGAAAGAGGCGGGAGUCCAAUUGUUCGUUCCGUCGGAGUUCGGGCUGGUGACUGAGGACAUGCGGCAGAGUGGGGAACACAUUAGCACAAUAGAGCACCUCAAAUCUUUAAUGUUGGCGUACGCUCGGUUUUACGCCGGUAUCUUCAUCGAGACGAUUCCCGCGUUGACUGGACUCGCGGUGAACGGCAAAAUCAACCUCAUCACCGAAGGGGACAUGCCCUGCUCUUUCACAGCUUCGGAGGAUGUCGCAGGGUUCGUAGCGCACGUCCUGACCACUUUCCCACUCGCACUUCUCAUCAACCAGACGUUCCGCCUGCAAGGCGACCGCUGUACGCUGUCGGAACUGUCUCUCAUCUUCAAUACCGACGUUGCGUUUGUGGAUGAGCUCCCGGGGAAGAUGGGACCCGUAUGGACGAAGAUGCAACUGGCCGCGGCAUGUGGGACGGCGAGCACGGGAUGGGAUGUCGCGCGGCGAGCCGAAGGAGAGGCCGCUGCAGGGUGCACGAAUUAUCUCUGGAAAGGACAUGUCUGGAAGAGCAUUCGGUCGUUUUAUAACUUGUGAGAACUGAAAUAUCACGUUGUGGACAAGAAUCGCUGCCCCGGAGCCGAAAGUCAAGUCACUUUGUCACUAUCGCGUGAGUUGUGACAAGCGUGUCUCGGCACUCUUUUAUUACACCCUCUCGCGCAAGGAAUUGCAUAGCCUGGAACUGGUCCGGAGGUCUUGUUUGUCGCGGCGCUGUGAUGUCUGAUAGCGACUCGGAGGGAGACUGGGAAGAGGUUCAGCUUCCGGAAGAGGGGCAGAACCUUGAGAUUACUAUAUCUGCACCCAAAGCCUUGGAGUCAAACGGCAGAAACAUACGACUGGAGACUGUGCUCCGCAUCAACUGUCACAAACUGCACACUCUCGCGCUGCUCGCUAACGGAUGGAUUCGCAACAAAUGGCUUAACGAUCCCCUGCUGCAGGCCCGGCUUCUCUCCCUGGCUCCGCUCUCUUUGCAAACCUCCUUCGCCAUGAUUCACAAAUCGCGUGUACCCGAGUCGCAGAAGCGGGGACGAAUGUUUGAGACCGCCAUGAACGGUCUAGCCAGAUGGUGGAUAGAGGACUACUUCACCGUUCUUCUUGAGGGGCAUGUCCGCAACCGCCCAUUCGGCGUUGUCCAAGCUGAGAUGGAUCGCCGAGGGCUAGGACCGGAGGAUCCGCUGGACGACGAGCUGUUAGAGGUGAUUUUGGCUGACGAAGGAGAGGUCAUACACGGACCCAAGAGUCUCAUGAAACACGCUCUCAUGGGGAAAGGCAGUCGUGACGUCAGUGCCCAGCUCUUCACCGCCCUGUGCCGCGCCCUCGGCAUCCCAGCGCGACUGGUGGUCAGCUUGCAAAGUGUGCCCUGGAAGAAAAGUGGGAUCUCUGGCGAUGCGAAAGGAAAGGGAAAGGCCAAGACGGAUUCGAAUGCCACCAUAGACGCCGAAGGCAGCAGCAGCGCGCCCAAAAGCGCCAAGGCGAAAGGCAAGGAGAAGGCGCGGCCUUCUGUCAAACUUCGAAAAUCGAAAGGAAACGUACUUGGAGGCGCACCCCGGGCAUCGCCAUCAGACCCGCGAACGGCGUCCCCCGUGUUCUGGACGGAGGUGUUCUCUCGACCAGACGGGCGGUGGCUGCCGAUAGACCCCAUCCGCGGAUACGUCAACCAGCCGAACGUAUUCGAUCCCUCUUUCGCGGCUCCGACGGCGCACCAAGGGAUAGGCAACUCCAGCUCAGCGUAUGCACGCCCGAGUACCAUUUUGGCUGGGAAAAGUCUCAAGAUCGCACCGCGGGACAACCGGAUGUUGUACGUGGUGGCGUUCGAGGACGACGGAUUCGGGCGGGAUGUGACAAGGCGGUAUGCGCGCGAGUAUUCUGCGAAGGUGGCGAAGAUUCAGGGGGGACAGAAGCAGCGUGGUCGGAAAGAAAUGUGGUGGGAACGGGUCGUGCAGACUGUGCAGCGCCCGUAUCGGUUGAAUCGAGACGAUGUCGAAGACAUGGAGCUGGACACUGCGCAGCUGAUGGAGGGCAUGCCCACGACGAUAGACGGUUUCAAGCAUCACCCAGUAUACGUCUUGGUCCGACAUCUAGCACAUAACGAGACGCUGUAUCCUGCUCCACCCCAAACGCGGGAAAUCGGCAAGUUUCGAGGCGAAUCUGUCUACCCACGAUCCGCUGUCGUAUCCCUCAAGACCUCUGAAAACUGGAUGCGCAGCGAGGGACGACAAGUCAAACCGGGGGAACAACCGAUCAAGUUUGUCAAGAUGCGCCCGUCAACUCUGUCCCGGAGGCGAGAGCUGGAGGUUCUGCGGGACGGGCUGCCUACUGCUGGUGAAGGGACAGCGCCGGACAUCAUGCAAGGAACGUACGCUCGAUUCCAGACCGAGCUCUAUGUUCCUGAGCCCAGCAUCGCUGGCAAAAUCCCGAAGAAUAAUUUUGGCAACAUUGAUCUCUAUGUUCCCUCGAUGCUCCCGGCAGGCGCUGCGCAUCUUCCACACAAGGGCAUCGGGAAGAUCGCCAAACAGCUCGGAUACGACUAUGCUGAGGCUGUGACCGGAUUCGGCUACGCUCGCAAACGGGCCACGCCCAUCAUCGAGGGCAUCGUUGUUGCCACAGAGAAUCAGGAAGCGAUCCUGGAGGCUUACUGGGAAUUUGAGCACUCUGCUGCUGAGAAAGCUCGAGUGCAAGCAAGACGGCGCGUGUUGGCACGGUGGAGUAAACUCAUCACUGGUCUGCGGAUCAGAAAGAGUAUUCAGGAUGAGUACCGAGAUAGGCAGCCCGUGGCCGCUGAGACAGAAGACAGGGGAGAGGAUGUCGAGAUCCGGCCUGGCUUAGCUGCCGAAGGAGGAUUCCUCCAGGGAGCGGACUCGGUCGUGACGGGAUACCAAUUACCCCACCUCCCCUUCUUUGCGCAGUCGGACCCUGCUGCCCCUGGCCCUAGCACAAUGCCGCAUUCAGAGCCCGUCGCAUACGAUAUGGAAACGAUGGAGGUUGACGAGGACAUGGAGCUGCCUGGCGCCCCAUCUCCUCUUGCUCCGGCACUCGUGGUACCUAAAUCGAUGGCCGAGCUGGCUGAAGAAACCGCGGCUCGUCUGAGAACGGAGCUGGAACGAGAUGAUGUGAACGAGCUCGAGGAGGAGGAGUAUGUCUUGCCCUCUCGGCCAGCGAAGAAGCCACAGAAGAAACUGCAAAUUCUGAGGCCGAGCCGAGCUCCUAAUCAGACAAAGCCGAAAGCCAAAUCACCAGUAACGCGACGGGUGUCGGCCAGGAAGAAACGGAAGAAGGACGAGGAC